CUCGGCUGGAAGGACGGAAGGAAGGAACAGUCGGCCAACGAGCGCAAACGAGAGGGACCGAGCAGAAGCGAAACGCUGUGCGCAAAAAACAACCCCGUGGCUGCGGCUGUGGAGGAGAGCUGGGUGCCUGCGCGUCUCCAAAAUAACUGGCCUGUCCGCCUCAAAUGAUCUCAAAGCGACAAGUUUCACUUUCCACAUGCGGAUGGGUGACUUUCCACGGCGCUUCGUGAGGAGUAGAUGAUGAAGAAUUUCAGCAGCAGUCCCCUUCACAGCAACAACCAGACUCCCAACCACAUCAGAGAGCGAAACAACAGAAAGUACAGCUUACUCUCUGCGAUACCGCUGCGAUUUUCCCUGCGAGGUUAUGGUUUCUGCAUGGCUACGCUGUUCUUCUUCUGUUUCGGCUCCCUUUUUUACCAGCUGAACGGAGGACCCCCUAAAAUCCUGCUGGACAUCCGACAGUAUCUCGGGGUGUAUGGGAAAAAUCACUGGUCAGUCAAACUGGCCACCGGCAGCCUCUUUAUCCAUAAGGACAGGCUAGCGAGACAGCCGGUGUCGUGCCCACAUGCCCACAAGCUGAGACGAGGUGAAUCCACGUAUCUGGAUGACCACGGCCCCCCUGCUCCCAGAGUGCUCCCAUUCCCCAGCCAGGUGGUUUAUAACCGUGUGGGGAAGUGCGGCAGCCGGACGGUGGUCAUCUUGCUGCGGUUGCUGGCUGAGAAGCACCAGUUCAACCUGGUCUCGUCAGACAUCCACAAUAAAACACGCCUCACGAAACAUGAACAGGUGGAUCUAAUGAAGAACAUCAGUAAUAUCCCUCAGCCGUUCCUCUACACGCGGCACGUUCACUUCCUCAACUUCACCAGGUUCAGGAUAGAGCAGCCCGUCUACAUCAACAUAAUCCGGGACCCCAUCAACCGGUUCCUCUCCAACUACUUUUUCCGCCGCUUUGGUGACUGGAGGGGCGAGCAGAACCACCUCAUCCGCACUCCAGGGAUGAAAGAUGAUGAGAGAUACCUGGAUAUCAAUGUCUGCAUUUUAGAGAAUUACCCUGAGUGCUCCAACCCCAGAGUCUUCUACAUCAUCCCCUACUUCUGUGGACAGCAUCCUCAAUGCAGGGAGCCAGGAGUGUGGGCUCUGGAGAGGGCCAAACAGAACGUGCUGGAGAACUACCUCCUUGUUGGCAUCCUGGAGGAGCUGGAGGACGUUCUGCUCCUGUUGGAGAGGCUCUUACCUCAUUACUUUACUGGAGUACUCAACAUCUACAAGAGCCCCGACUAUAGGAAGAUGGGCAACAUGACCGGCACAGUGCGUAAACACACACCCACUCUGGAGGCCCUGCAGGUGCUCUACCACCGCAUGCGCUACGAGUACGAGUUCUACAACUUCAUCCGUGACCAGUUCCACCUCAUGAAGAAAAAAAUUGGCCUCAAAUCUGUCUCCCAACCCACCGCCUACUCACCCGCUUUCCUGCGAGAGCUGGCCCUCCGGACCCCGGAGCCUCUGGAUGAAGACGAGGAUCUGGACACGGACCUGGAGGAUGCCAACAGCUGGCUGGUCCAUCCCUAAGGCCUGUUUGAUGAGCAGUGGAUGUAGCCAAAAUAAAAAAUAAAAAAAAACACACUGAUUGGCUUGAAUUGGCUGGAGCUAGCUGGAGGCGGCCUGAGGGCAAAGGGGGGUGUUCCCCGUCUCUCAGCAAGAAAAGUGAGGUGUGUUUAGGGGAGUGCGGAUCCUGACGCUCAUGUUUGUACGGGCUCUGUUUUCCAUCUGCAAUAGACUCCUAUCACGACUCGGCUCAGCACUGAGGACUAUAGGGGUUGAGUAAUUGGAAGGACAAAAUGCUCUAUUUAAAAAUUGACCAAGGACAAUGGGAAAUAAUGUUAAACUCAAUUUGCGCAACUCAAGUUUUGUUUAAAUUUGAGCUUGUUUUUGGGUUCGUUUAUGAAAAAAAAACAUAAAUCCAUCAUUGUUGUAAUCUCCAGGAGAGAUUAGCGCAAGAUGUGGAUAGAUACAUGUGUUUGGAAAUAUUCUAAAUAUUGGUCGCUGGGGUGUUUACUGUAGGAGAGGACUUCAGAGACAUGGCCCAAGAGAGAGGUUCGUACUUUAUGAAAGGGUUAAUGUCCUAAAAGCUGGAAUGGGAAAUGGUAUCCACAAAUAAAUAAGUACCAAAACCCUCUUUUGUAUAUUAGUUGUUUAGGACUGUUCUAAGUGCCAAACCUCGCUAAGAGUUCCAGCAACUGACCGGAGCCUCUGUGCACAGCCGCUGGAGUUGUGACAUAGUCGAGUCAGUUGUUAUAGUAUUGGUUUAUUACAUUUUGUUUCAUUUGUAAGAUAUUAUUAGGUAUAAAUGAGGGUUAAACAGUAAGCACUCAGUUAUGAAUUCAGAGAAUUCCAACUAUGUGUGCAUGAAUGAUUGAGUUUGACCAAGCCAGCAGUGUAUUUUAGCAUAGAUUUAUUAUUUGGAAGAAGUCAUUUGUUGAGAGUAUAGGCUGGGUUUAGAGUCAGACUCUAAAAGGCGUAUAUGGAGCGCAAGAUGUUUUAAUCCAAAGUUUGAAAAGAUUGAGUUUGCCAAAUACCAAUGUUUCUACUGCGAUGCAUUACAAAACUGUAUGAAUAUACUGCACUUUUUUGCUGAGGAGACUUUUCCUGGAGCAAAAUGGGAGAUUCGGUCACGCGGCUGGACACUGAUUUCAAACAGGAUCAUGUUACAGUUUAAGGGUUUGCUUUUCCCUCUCCAAAUAUUACCAUGUAAGUGUGAAGUGCUACCGAUCCCAGCUAACGCUAAUCUCUUAUUCUCCAGCAGCUAUCAUGCUCUUCGUCACUCGUGUAAAAUCCAUCCAGAGAACGGUAACCAUAAGCUAACAUGUGACUGUCAUCUAUGAAUUUCACUCUGCCAUCCUAAUCUCCGUCGUCUUUACCUUCUCCCCGUCCUGGUUUGUGUUCAGUGUUUCCUUUUUUUUUUUUUUUUUGUCAGUUUAAUUUAUUAUUUUGUAUUCAUUUGCAUUCCAGAUAAGAUUCUCAGGAAGGAAAAAAAAACAAAAAACAUUUAUAUCUUUGGUUUCUGACUGCUCUGAAACUAUUCUUGGCAUUUUGAGGUUGUCUGGAAUGAGUUUAUAUCAACAGCUGAAAACUGGUUAACAACACCUAAUGCAUUCCAUCAUUUUACAGUCU